CUCACAACCACCAACACUAGAAGGGUUCGAAACAGCGCAAGGUGUCACUGGCCCUAUAAACCCUAAUAACAAGAAGAAAAAUUGGAACACUGAGGAGAAAAUGGAGGAAUCAGAAAUUUCAGGCUUUAGUGACAAUCGUGUUGAAAUAAAAGCACCUUUGACGGUGGUUAGUGGAUCAUUAGAGAUGAUUGAAGAGACCAAGCCUCGUAAUCAAGCUAGUAAUGAGGAAGACAAAGUACUCACUGAUACAGAGGCUGGAUCACUAGAGAUGACUGAAGAGAUGAAGUCUUGUGAUGAAACUAGUAAUGAACAUGAGAAAAUACUCAGUGAUACAGAGGUUGGAUCACUAGAGACAACUGAAGAGAUAAAGUCUUUUGAUGAAACUAGUAAUGAACAUGAGAAAAUACUCAGUGAUACAGAGGCUGGAUCACUAGAGAUGACUGAAGAGAUAAAGUCUUGUGAUGAAACUAGUAAUGAACAAGACAAAGUACUCAGUGAUACAGAGGCUGGAUCAGAGAUGGCUGAAGAGAUAAAGUCUUGUGAUGAAACUAGUAAUGAAGAAGACAAAGUACUCAGUGAUACAAAGGCUGGAUCAGAGAUGGCUGAAGAGAUAAAGUCUUGUGAGGAAACUAGUAAGGAACAAGACAAAGUGUUCAGUGAUACAGAGGCUGGAUCACGAGAGAUGACUGAAGAGAUAAAGUCUUGUGAUGAAACUAGUAAUGAACAAGACAAAGUACUCAGUGAUACAGAGGCUGGAUCAUUGGAGGUGACUGAAGAGCUAAAGUCUUGUGAUGAAACUAGGAAUGAAGAAGACAAAGUACUCAGUGAUACAGAGGCUGGAUCAGAGAUGGUUGAAGAGAUAAAGUCUUGUGAUGAAACUAGUAAUGAACAAGACAAAGUACUCAGUGAUACAAAGGCUGGAUCAGAGAUGGUUGAAGAGAUAAAGUCUUGUGAUGAAACUAGUAAGGAACAAGACAAAGUGUUCAGUGAUACAGAGGCUGCCGAAGUGGAAACAGACUUUCACAUAGAAAGUGAAAUGAAAGAUUUAACAGAAGCAAAGAAAAAUCCAUCACAUGUGAGUGAAAAUGAUGAAUUGAGAAUGUUGAGUGAUACAAAGACAAAUAAAGUGAGAGAAGAAUUUUCCAAGGAAAAUGAAAUGAGAGAUAUACCAAAGGCAGUUAAAAGUUCAUCAGAUGUUAUUAAAAACAGAGAAGCCAAAGUACUGAGUGAUGCAGAAGCUACGACUGCUAACGUAGAGGCAGGUUUUAACAAAGAAAAUGAAAUAAAAGACAUAGAGACAGAGAAAAAGUCAUGUAAUGUUAUCGAAGACAACGAGGACAAAGCGCCGAGUGAUGCAGAAACUACUAAAGUAGAAGGAGACUGUGAUGGAGUUAAUGAACAUAAAGACAUAGCAGAGGCAAAUCAAAAGUUGUCAGAAGUAAUUGAAAACAACAGACACACCAUUGCUAGUAAUGAGCAACAAGCAGAUGAUGACAUACAUAGAGAAAGUGAUACAGACAAGGAGCAUAAUGAAAAUGAGAAGGUAAAAAUGAACAAUGAACCAGAUUGUCCUUCCAGUCAAGAUUAUGAAUUAAUUGCUGGACAUUAUUAUUAUACAGAUCACACAUCAGGCCAAAGAUACAAGUUUGAUGCAAUUGCUGGUGAAUGGGUUGUAAAUAAUGGAGAGAAAGAUAAUGAAAAUAAGGAUGCACGGAAGACAACAACGGACAGUGAAGGAAGAACGUAUUACUAUGCUGAAAAUAUGUACCUGUGCAAAGACUCCCAUGGAAAUGUAUUUUACUUAAAUGAUAACCAAGAGUGGAAGUCAUGGUCAGAGCGACCAAGUCCCAAUGCUAACUCAAGUGAAGAACAAAAUAUUUCAAAAUGGUAUUUUUAUCAAGGUGAUUCAAUGUUUUAUAGAGACAAUGUGUCAAAUAUUGUUUACAAGUUAAAUAAAGAAAGUAAUGCAUGGGAAGUAUAUGAAGGAAAAUUGAAAAGAAAAAGACCACGGAUUGACGAGGAGGAAGAAUUCGACACCGAUGAAGAUUCUGAUGAAGAAUUUGGCAAUGAAUUACAGCCUCCUGGUGCACGUAGUGACCCCAACAUUACCUAUGAUGGAGUUACAUAUACUAAACUUGACCCAAGUGACAAGAUGAUGUAUGAGUGGGAUGCUAACAGACGAGCAUGGUUCCCCAAGGUUGAUGAGGAUUUCAUGGCUACAUAUCAGCUGUCAUAUGGGUUCAACCCAGAUGGUACCAAAAAUUUAAAUCCGCUGAAGUUUGAUGAUGAGGCAGAGGAAGCAGCAGCAAGAUUAGAUGAGGAAGAGGAAAACAAGAAAGCUAAGGCCAAAGCUAAUCAAACAAAGAAAAAGCCAUCCUGGUUUGAGAUAGAUGAUGAUCACAACACCAAGGUCUAUGUUAGCAACCUUCCUGACUCAAUGACAGAGAAUGAAUUUAUUGAGCUGAUGCAGAAAUGUGGAAUGAUCCUUAAAGAUGUUGACAGCAACAAGCCCAAAAUUAAGAUGUAUCGAGAUAAAGAUGGAAACUUCAAAGGCGAUGCACUCUGUACCUACAUAAAGGUGGAGUCUGUGCAGUUAGCCAUACAGAUCCUUGAUGAGUACCAGGUGGGUAAUAAGAAGAUCCACGUUGAACAAGCCAAGUUCCAACAAAAGGGAGAGUACAAUCCAAAGCUGAAACCGCGCAAGAAGCAAAAGAAAGUCUUAGAAAAAAUCCAGAAACGACAGGAAAAGUUAUUUGACUGGCGACCUGAGCCUCUGCGAGGCCAACGGCAAAAGAAUGAAAAUACAGUAGUGAUUCGCAAUGCAUUUGACCCAAAAGAGUUUGUGGAUGCUAUGGAGAAAAUAUUGGUUCAUAAAGAUGCCCUAAGAAAUCAGUGUGAGAAUUUUGGCAAAAUAAAGAAAAUGGAAAUGCAUGAUCUACACCCAGAUGGUGUUGUUCAAGUAACAUUUGAGGAAGUGGAGUCUGCAGACAUGUGCAUAGCAACACUCAACAAGCGUCUCUACAACAAGAGAAUCCUUCACGUGUCAGUCUGGGACGGAAGAGAAAAGUUCAAGAUUGAAGAAACAGAAGAAGAACGAGAGGAAAGAUUGAAGAGAUGGAGCAAAUUUUUGGAGAGUGGAGGAAGCACAGAUGAAGGAAGCAAGUGAAGAAAUAUCAAGUAGAAAUAAGGCAGCAAAUGCUUCAUACUUAUGGUCAAGAUUUUUGAAGAGGUAAACUUAUCAAGGAUGUUGUGGAUAGUGCUUAAAUUGCUUCUAAUAAUUGUGUGUCUCCAUGGGGAAAUGGAACAGAAUUCUUCCACCGUAAGCUAUGCAUGUCGUAAGAGG